AUGAGCCAGUAUGGCUGGGCCACAGAAUCCAGAGCAGGGAAUAAAGUGUUACAUGUUUGCAAAAAGGAACAAAGAAUGGGAUCAGGUAUUCCAAAACCGAUGAGCACUGAGAAACCAGACAUCCUAUCAACAGAAGCCUCAAAGACUACUAGUACAAAUUGUCCACCUAUUGCUCUCAAUAAACUAUACCUCUACUUAGCUCUGGCAUUUGUUGCUGGGGUUCUCCUGACGCUUCUGGUCACUCUUAUCAUCUGCCUCAUCAAGAAGAGCUGUCCCAAAUAUCCAACCAGCCUCUCCCAGCAGAUUUCCCAAGCCUUGGACCCUCCUCACAAGAGUUGCCCCAAUGCUGAGGAGGUCUUUAUCUCCAGUGACACAUCUCUCCAAGGCUCAGAAGAAAACAGAGUCCACUUUUCCCAACAUCAGUCUGAAGAAUUGGACUCCAUUGUUUAUGCACAAAUCAAAGUACAAACCAAUGCCAGCCUUGCCACCGAUGGAAGUGGGGAGACAUCCUUGAUCUGACGCUCCCAGCCCCGGGUUAUUUCCUCCCUUAUGGA